AUGUCUACGGAAAGAGGGCUUCUCGACAUUGCGGACAAGUCACGCGCAAUCCCUUCUUUCAUCAUGUCCCACGGGCAUGCUAUGCUACCCGUCUUUCCCAAAACCACCCCCCGUCCUCGACCUUGGCACUCUCUGCGCGGAAACUCUUGUGCACAGUCUCCUCGUUCUACGAAGCCAGUGCGCGUCGGCCGAGGUGAUGACAUUGGCCAACGGCCAAGCCUCCAAGCAGGGAUCCGCGACGACGAACACGACGUCGACCCUCUGAAAUCCGGAGAUCCCCUCAACGCGUGGCUCUCGUGCCCCAUAGGAAUCGCAAUGGUUGUACUUGCGCAACCUGCCUAG